GGCAUCCCCUACUCAUAUGGCAACACCGACGACCGAAGCUAUAUAAGGACGCUCCAACCAACACUUGCCCCUCUUUUUAUUCUUUCGUUCGAAGCGCGCGCUCUUAAGAUUACGUUCAUUUCUUUUGUAAAUUAUAAUUUUGUAAAAUAUAUCCGAUUUGUUUUGUGCCGUGUUUUGUGUCGUUUUUUUUUAAAUAAAUUUGUUUCCACCUCUAAAAUCAGAAGUGGGAUUCGGAGGCCGUUAUAGCCGACAAAUGCCAUUCCUGGUUUCUUCAUAAUGUCAAGUAGGAAACGAGUAGCACCGCGAGAGCGCGCGGCUUCGCCUCAUCCAAAUGUAGGUAGCCUGGCGGCCACUAUGGACGCGAUUCUCAACCGCCUGGCCACGUUGGAGCAGCGCGCCAGCACUCCCGCGAGCGAGGCGCCUGGCCUUGCGAUAACGCAGGCGGGACAUGUGGGUGGAGAAACCGCGCCGCUUGCGCAGACACGUGGUCGCGCGCUGGCCCCGGUUCCCGAGACGAGCAUGCCGCCGCCUCUGUCGGGUGACGGCCGCACCGCCAGCCCUGCCAGCUCCGCUACAUCGGUCGCAGCUACACCGAGCGCAACGGAGCGCCUGAUCGAGGCCCUGAGAUCCAUCCAACCGGUGUAGAAGACCCGAUUGUGGAGGCAGUGCCAGAGCUACGACAAGAGCCACAGCCGGGACCAAGCCGCUGUGCGCUACACCCAGGCCAUAGGCCAGCCGAGGAGAGCAGCGAGGACGCAGCUCCGUCAGGAGAGGCCGUGUUAGCGGCAUCCCCUACUCAUAUGGCAACACCGACGACCGAAGCUAUAUAAGGACGCUCCAACCAACACUUGCCCCUCUUUUUAUUCUUUCGUUCGAAGCGCGCGCUCUUAAGAUUACGUUCAUUUCUUUUGUAAAUUAUAAUUUUGUAAAAUAUAUCCGAUUUGUUUUGUGCCGUGUUUUGUGUCGUUUUUUUUUAAAUAAAUUUGUUUCC